CUCUGAGCUCAUAGACUCCAGCCCGGUUCACCACUGUUCAUGCACUGAGCUGGCACUUCGCGAACAGUUCGUGUCCCUCAAAGCAACUGGCAGAGUGCUGGGAACAUUUUACGAGCUCAGAAAUUGGUGAAGGGGAGCAAUUUCCUCAUGGGCACCAGCUUUGUGCCUUGGGGGCUAGAGAGAGUGUGUCUGAGGAAGGGCUGGGGCACUGAAGUAGUAGACACUCCCUCCCUCCCAGGCCCAUGGUCAAGAGGGCAGGGCUGACCCCAGCGAACUCUGCAAGGAGACCCACCUUGAACACGUCUGAUCACCAAAGGGCCUCAGAUGCCCAUCUAGGCUGGUCCGGCUGGGCCCACCUGCAACCGGGGGCAAGCAGCUGGGCCAAGCAGUAUUGGAAUCUGGCAGCGACAUGGAUGUGGAUGGGCCAGGAAGAGUCCCGGCGGCCCGGCUGCAGAGCGAUGAAUAAUGGUCCUGAGAGAAGGUGGACCUGCCCUUGGGCUCCUGGAGUGGCUGUUGAGAGGGGAAGAGAGAGCCAGACAGACCAAGAGAGCAAGCAAAUAAUAACGACCCGAUAUGCCGGGGAAACGACUGUGGUAGACGCAUACAACGGGAGAUUUUUUUUAGCCACGCAAAGGAACAAAGUCCUGCCACGUGCUACAACUUGGAGGAUGAACCCUGGAAACAUUAUGCUAAGUGAAAGAAGCCAGACACAAAAGACCACAUCCUGCGUUUAUGCUCCAAAAGCUGUUUGUGGCGACAGUUGCACAACCCUCUCCUUCCACGGUGUGGCAGAUUGCAUUAUAGUUCAAAAUUACCGACCACUCCUCCAGGGGGAUUGUAUGCCCAGUGACAUCCUUGGAGUGCUUGACUACGGGACCUGCUCUAGCCAACGGAAUGUGAGCAGAAGUGAUGCGCGUUGUUUCCAGGGAGAAAAUUUCAGAGCCAGCGCGCAGGUUCCCAGGUGUGUCUAUUUCUGCCCCAAGAUGACAUCAUUCCAGAUGGAGGCUCCUGUGUCAGCCGGGGCCCUAGAGUGAAGGGGACACGGAGCAGAGCCGCAGCCACCCUCCAAGGACAGGUGGCAACUGUAACACAAGCUCCGUUGUUGGAAGCCAUGGACACCGGGGGGUCAUAUUUUGUCUGAUACACAUCGUAGCUCUUGGAAGUCUUUAAAGGGGUUCCCGAGAGCUGACUUUUGUCUUCCACUGCUGCUAGGUGCAGUGGAUAAAUAACGGUUAAGAUGUUAAGCUUCAGGGCUUGGCGGCUACUCAGUAGGUGCUCAAUAAACAGUGGAUGUGGUCGUGACUUGGCAUC